AUGUUUCCCACCUUCACGGGCAACUCCCGACGCCCCCGGAAUGUGAACCUCAGUGGCCAGAGCCUCAAUCCCUUUGCCGCAACAUCAUGGACGCCUGCCGCAGGCUCAGGAGCCUCUAAGACCGUUUCUAAUGCUCAAGCCGAACGCGCACAGAGACAGCAGGAUCGAGACAGGCUGAAAGCCUCCGAGAAGAUUCAGAAAACAUGGAGGGGCCACAGGGUUAGGAGGCGGCUUCGAGACUCUCGCCGGGACGCCUUUGAUACUCUGUACUCGAGUACCUCGGACCUUGGUACACAGCAGAGACUAGCGACGGCGUUGCCACUGCUGUUGACAACCUUCCAGACCCGACCCGACGAUGUUGAACGCUUGGUGCUCUUUGCGAGAGAACUAAACACGACCAACCUCGAGUGCCUUGCCCCUAGCCACCUUCCUGCACCCAGGCUGGCACGUCUUGUUCGGAUACUUGUGGAUGCUCUAGGCGAACAAACAAAGAAAUCGUUGGUGUCCAUCUCCGAACAACGCUCGAUGUCCACUAACACUGCCUCUAGCAGUCAAAACAACGAGAUCCGACUCUUUCUCAGCCUCCUAACACACAUCAUAAGUGUUGCCCCUGAUUCACUUUCUAAAUCAUUUCGACAGUACUAUACAGCCCUGGCAGAGAUAUGUGGAGUACCGGAGAUGGAUACGGCAGCUUUAGAGUCGACUUCGAAAGCUCUCCUCGUGUCGCUCCAAGCUGCAUCCACUGAUGAGUAUCUGGUGGCCGCUUACGAGGCAUUUGCGCUGUCCUUCUUGACUCGUCAUGACCUGUAUCUUGUCGAAGAGCACUCGAAAGUCAUUUCCGAAAAUCUCGAAUCCGAUCGACUCGCCUCAGCUAUCAAAAGAAUAUAUAGUGACGGACGGAUACGCGGCGUUGAAAGGGAAGCCCAACUUUGGCUUCUUGCACAUUUCGUUGGCUUAUACCAAAGGGCUGCACCGAAGAGCCAGGGGCUUAAGCACCUAGACACAUUGCAUAUUCAGCUUUCGAGUUUGUCCACAGAAAUCAGCUUGCGACUAUCUGUUCGAGUAGCCGAUCCGGCCUCGAUGAAUGUGGAUUCUAGCAACCCGGAUGAGUCGUUGAUCCGCCCAUUGCCUGCAUACAUCACCAAUCAGCUCACAUCUCUAGUCAACCGAGAUGGAAUUUCGGCGCUUUUGGCCGAGCUCACUACGUUAGUGAAUCCUUUUCCUACACUCGGAAAGUCGCUCACAUUAUCCAGUAAUUUUGGCUCUCAAUCCUCAAGUCAUGAGUUCCAAAGCGCCAGCUUGCUGUCCGGGUACAUUCUCACUCUUCUCCGUUGUUUUCCAAGCCAGGGCGAUGAUAUCCGUAUGCGGCUCUUCCUAGGAGAUGUUAGCACGGGCUUGGGAAGUUUGCCGACAAUCCAGUUUCUUUGGCAGGCUAUGAGCCAGACCACCAUUCACAAGCAGAUUUUGCAAAACUCGGCAUCGGUACAAGUCCUGCUGCGCGACUACUUGUCAAAAUCGUCAAAGUCAAGUGACUCGCAUGAGCAAGAAUGGAGACUUGUCCUUCUUUUCCUCGAGCUCUACAUCUUUAUUCUUCGCUUGAGCGACGACGAAGACUUUUUCAGCGGUAUCUUCCCUGACAUAAUCAAAACUGAGGGACCAACGUCUCGUCUACGAGCAUGCGGACUUUCUCUCAGCGAAGUGAAGAAUUUGACCAUUGUGCUCAAGCACUUAGCUUUCACGCUACAUUACAACGCCGCGGACAUUUUGCAAGGCAUCCAACAUUCCGAGCCGAUCUCGAUGACACAACUUGAGUCGUACUUUGGAAGCGGCAGUAGUAAUACCGCUAAAACCUCGAAGGAGGCUCGAAGCCAAGACCCCAGAGCCAAUGCGGCUGAUACGAGACUUGACCUCGGUAGCCUGCGUAGCAUCGUAACUACGGCACUACGACUUUUGUACGAACGAGAUUCUCGACGGCCAUUUUUGCCCCGAGACCACUGGCUCAUGACAUCGAAAUUUGAUAUGGAGGGGUUUGUCAGUGCUGUUGUCGCUGAACAAGAACGACAGAACGAAGUCUCCGACUCUAGUGACGACGAAGACGGCGAGGUUGACGAAGACGCGAAUAUGGGUGGGCUGCACAGCGGUAUUAUUCACACCGUAGCCGGACAGCGAGUAUCACGGCAUGCACAAAUUGAGAAGCUUCGGGCUCAACAACGCAAAGCACAGAGGGAUCGUCUACUCGCCGUGAUCGGGCCAAAAUUGGAGAUUCUGAGACACAUGCCAUUUGUCAUUCCAUUCGAUACCCGUGUCCAGAUUUUCCGCCAAUUUGUCUAUCUUGACAAACACAAGCGGAGGGAGGGCAUGGAUGCUGAUCAGUGGAGAAUGACGAUGCUGCACAAUCCUCUGCGUUCCUCCGGACGCAGUCCAGCUGGGCGACAUCAUGGCCAAAUCAGAAGAGGUCAGGUGUUUAAGGAUGCCUUUGAGCAAUUCUAUGAGCUUGGCGAAGGCCUCAAAGAACCUAUACAGAUCCAAUUUGUCGACCAAUUCGAUACGGUCGAAGCUGGCAUCGAUGGUGGCGGAGUUACUAAAGAGUUCCUCACAAGCGUCACGACAGAAGCGUUCGGGCCAAGGGAUGGCAUUUCGCUUUUCACGGCCAACAGCAAGGGGCUCCUGUACCCCAACCCGACUGCAAUGGACGAGCUCAGGCAGGUGUUGAAACGAGCUGGAGUUCCAGAACGCUCAGCCGAAUGGCAAGACCAAGUCCAGAGUCUACUCCGCCAGUUCGAGUUCCUCGGCCGGAUUGUAGGCAAGUGCAUGUACGAAGGGAUUCUGGUUGACAUUGCGUUUGCUGGCUUCUUCCUCCUGAAAUGGAUCUCGGGCCAGACCGGAGAGAACAGCUACAGGGGCAAUGUGAACGACCUCAGGGACCUGGAUGAGGAGUUGUACCAGGGCAUGUUGCGCCUCAAGAACCAUCACGGGAAUGUUGCGGAUUGGGCAUUGGACUUCACGCUUAAUGAUCAGGUGUCUUUGCCAGGGGAACCUGUUCGCACUGUCACGCGGAAUCUGAUCCCAAAUGGUGAGAAUGUUACCGUUACCAACGAUAACCGCCUCCUCUACAUUUCCUACGUUGCUCGUCAUCGCCUCGUUGCCCAACCCGCACAGCAAACGGCCGCUUUCCUUCGAGGUCUUCGGUCGAUCAUUGCCCCUGCGUGGCUUUCAAUGUUCAAUCAAAACGAGUUGCAGCGUCUCGUGGGAGGCGACAGCUCCGAAAUCGACAUUGAAGAUCUGCGUCAGAACACGGUCUACUCAGGCUUGUAUGAGAUUGGGGACGACGGACUGGAGCACCCCACGGUUCAGCUAUUCUGGAAAGUCAUGGCCAGCUUCUCCGACCGGGAGCGGCGCGACGUGCUUAAGUACGUUACGAGUACGCCACGAGCACCUCUGCUAGGCUUCUCGCAGCUCAGCCCGCGGUUCAGUAUCAGGGAUGGAGGGGAGGAUCAGGAGAGACUGCCCAGUACCAGCACCUGUGUCAACUUACUGAAGUUGCCGCGCUACAAGAACCAGGAGACUCUCAGACAGAAGCUGCUCUAUGCGGUUUCCUCGGGAGCUGGUUUCGAUCUCAGCUGA